GCGAGUCUCUCGUAGUGAUGACACGAUGGCAACAGUUGUGAAGACUUUUUUUUCCAGUUUAGGCAUUUUCGAAUCGUCGAGAACACUCUUUGUCUCGGUUUAUCCGUUUUUCUUACUUGUAAAGAGUUCCUGCUAAACUUUUUCCUUUUUUGGAAAAUUCCCGUAGUAUCCUUCACAGGUUCUCUCUUCGUUCACGAAAUCGAAGAAUUAGGAACUGGGGCAAAGGAAUCCGAAUGCCGUGAUAAUUAAGCAAAGACGAGCAAGUGCGUUUCGUUGUUAAAUCUCAACGCACCAGAAUAUGCCAUAUUCGAGAUCAGGAAAGCUUGUUUUGUCAGUGUCAUGAGUCAGUGAGUUAUUGUAACUGUAAUUUGUUUACCCAUGGAGCUCUUAGGAGUUCACAAGAACUCGUUGAAACGUUUCCGUGCGUUCCUGGUCGAAUUGGAAUUUGGAAGUGUUGGUUUUUAAGGACAGAGGAAAACCGGAGUACCGGAGAAAACCCUCUCGGAGUAAGGGAGAGAACCAGCAACAAACUCAACUGGUUAUGGAGAGAAUCAACAACAAACUCGUUAUGAGUUAGGGUUAGGGUUUGAGUUGGGGUUAGGGUGAGGGUUAGAGCUUAAGGUUAAGGUUUGUGUCCGCGUUUACGUUAGUUUUAGGGUGAGGUGACUCAUACACAUUCAAUUCUCGCCAUAUUCAGGUACGUUGAACGCCUUUCAUUAACGCGUAUACCGUAUGUAUUGCGGUGUGCGCCUUUUUUCCACUCAACAUGGUUUUGUUUUGCUACUUAAGUUGACAUCAUCUUUAAUUUGAUGGAAUCACGUUUUACAAAUGUUGGCACAAACUCUUUCUUGUCGGCAGCCUCUCUAAAAGUGCUAUUUUGAAAUAUACAAUGUUUGUUUGCUUUCAGGAAUUGCAUUCAGCCUUUUCUGGUAUACCACAAAGUCAUGCACAGCCUUCAAUCUUAAAAGUUUCCCUCCUGGCUGAUGAGUGGGGGUCAUCUAAGGGUGGCUUGUCAACAAUCAACAGAACGCUUGCCAUACAUUUGGCAAAACUCCCAAAUGUAGAAGUCACUAUCAUUGUACCUCAAUUUGAGUGCGGUGAAGAUGACAAGAGAGCUGCCAAGGCUCAUAACAUUUCCAUUAUGGAAGUACAUCGUCGCCCUGGCUUUAGUGAUCCUCUUGAUUGGUUGAGCUUUCCACCAAGAGACCUUGACAUUCAAGUCGUGAUUGGCCAUGGUGCAAAGCUGGGUAAACAAGCUCAAAUCAUCCAAGAGUCUCAUUGUUGCAAGUGGGUGCAGGUAGUGCACACCGAACCUGAAGAGCUAGCAAUGUAUAAGAACUAUCCUGGCGCAAUUACCAAGGGAGAAGGAAAGAACAGAGCUGAAGUUGAGCUGUGCCAACUUGCAGAUCUCGUUGUGGCAGUUGGGCCCAAGUUGAGAGAAGCAUUCUCGUCCUACUUGCGUUCAUCUCAUCACGAUGUCUUCCAGCUGAUGCCAGGCACCUUUAAAGAGUUUUCAGAUGUUGAGCAUGCUACGCGAGCGAGUGCGAAGUUCAAGGUGUUAACCUUUGGCCGUGGUGAUUUUGAAGACUUCAGUCUCAAAGGAUACGACAUUGCCGCUCAAGCAAUAGUUGAAAUGAAGGACAGUUCCUACCGUCUGAUCUUUGUUGGCGCACCUGAUGGAAAGCAGGAUGAAGUCGCGGAAAUCUUAUACCAGACGGGCAUUUCAAGAAACCAGUUGUUUGUCAGAUCAUUCGUGAAAGACAAGCAAAGAUUGAAAGAUUUGUUUUGUGAAGUUGAUGUGGCCAUCAUGCCUUCAAGAGCUGAGGGAUUUGGCUUGACAGCACUGGAAGCCAUGUCAGCUGGUCUUCCCAUUCUGGUAAGUGGAAACUCCGGAUUUGGAGAAGCUCUGCGUUGUCUUCCGAUGGGCGAGUCAUUUGUGAUUGAUUCGGAUGACCCCAAGGAAUGGGCAAAGGCAAUAGCAACUAUCCAUCAAAAAUCUAGGGCAAAGCGGCUUGAAGAAAUUCAAAGACUUCGAAGAAGUUAUGAAGAGAGAUUCAGUUGGGAGAGACAGUGCAAAUCCCUUGUUGACACGAUGUGGAAGAUGGUUUAUGGUAAGAAAUCAAAUUCUUACCCUAAGUAA